CACCGCGGAUCAGUACCUCUCCAAGAUGCGUUCCUCGGUCGUCUCUGGAUUUUCGCUUGCCCUCUUCCUGCUGGUCGGCACUUUUUGCGCCGUGUCCAGCCUUCCGGCUCCAGAACAAAUCCAAGAUGGGCCGAAUCCACUUUUGGACGAGAGUUUGUUCGGUGGCAUGCCUGCUGAGGAUGAACCGUCUGCAGGAGUGCGGCAAGCAAGGGCUCCGACGUUCUUCGGUCCAUCGAUCCGCGUCUACUCUGGUGGCUAUGGCCAUGGCUACCCUAUCUAUCGGCCAUACGGAUAUUACGGCGGCGGCAGCCGCAUCAUAAUCACCAAGAGGCUGGGUGGCUAUGGUUACGGUGGCUACGGCGGCCACUACUAUUACUAAUUAAUCAACCAUUGAAAUCGACCGUCAAGCUCAUCGUCAGGUGUAGAUGUUACUAUCAUUUUCAACAAACAAUCAAGAUAAAAAGCCAUACUGCCCUUAACAAACCUGUCUGCUAUUUAUAUUCACUUGCUUUAUUUUAUAAAUCGUGUAUAGAGCAAGUUUGAAUAAAAGUAUAUAGUACAAACCAUGA